UGUGUGCGACGCUGACGCAGACGCUCGUGCCCAGUGUCUCUCGGUCGCAGUCUGUCUGUGUGCGUGUGCGUGUGCGUGUACGUUAACGGUGUGUCGAACUCGUGACUAGUCGUGACUCGCGUGACAGCCGUCUCUGGGACGCGCGCAGCGGCGGCGGCAGCGAUAAUAAAACAAAACAUAAUAAUAAACGACAGAACGUGAAAUACAACGUGAAAUAUAAUUGCCAAAUAACAACAACAACAACAAAUAUAUAACGUCCGCAACAUUUGCUGUCCAGUGGAAAAAUAUUUAAAUAAAUAAUAAAAUAACAAACUCAAUCAACAUGCGUCGCAAUAUUAAAUUAAUUGUCUUCGUCAGCAUCAUUUGGAUGUUCGUAAUGGUCUAUUACUUUCAGUCCAGCACGGAAAAGGUUGAAAAUCGAGCGCUGCGCUUACGUGAGGUGGCAACGGCCAUGCAACAGUAUCAGGACGAUAUAUCGGCAGGCGCAUCGACAUCUCGUCAGUGGGCGCCGGCUGCCAACUCGGGCAUACGUGUGGCUGGCGGCAUCGGGGGCAGCGGUGCCGAUGAUCCCGGUGGCAAUGUCAUUUUAAUCGGCUCUGUGAAGGACUUUGAACGCAAUGCGGUGCAUGGCCUCAAGUUGAAUGGCAUUGUGGCGCUGGAGGAGACCUCUCAAGGCAUCAGCGGCAGCGCCGGCGGCACUGUCGGCGGUCGCCUGGCCGUUGGACCCAGCGCUCGCGGCGGCGAGGUCGAGUACUUUGACGAGGCGGGCUACAUACGCGGCGGCGGGCUGCGCAGCGGCGAGGAUCCGUACAUACGGAAUCGCUUCAAUCAGGAGGCCAGCGAUGCGCUGCCCAGCAAUCGCGAAAUACCCGACACCAGGAAUCCCAUGUGCCGCACGAAAAAGUAUCGCGAGGAUCUGCCCGAGACGAGCGUCAUCAUCACCUUCCACAAUGAAGCCAGAUCAACGCUGCUGCGCACCAUUGUCAGCGUUCUGAAUCGCAGUCCCGAGCACCUAAUACGCGAAAUUGUGCUGGUCGAUGAUUACAGUGAUCAUCCCGAGGACGGUCUGGAGUUGGCCAAGAUCGACAAGGUGCGCAUCAUACGCAACGAUAAACGCGAGGGCUUAGUCAGAUCACGUGUACGCGGUGCCGAUGCAGCCGUUAGCAGCGUUUUAACCUUCCUCGACAGCCACGUCGAGUGCAACGAGCAGUGGCUGGAGCCGCUGUUGGAACGUGUGCGGGAGGAUCCGACGCGUGUGGUAUGCCCCGUCAUCGAUGUGAUUAGCAUGGACAACUUUCAGUAUAUUGGCGCCUCGGCAGAUCUGCGCGGCGGUUUCGAUUGGAAUCUGAUAUUCAAAUGGGAAUAUCUGAGUCCCACGGAGCGUGCGACCCGGCACAAUGAUCCGACCACAGCCAUACGCACGCCCAUGAUUGCGGGCGGGCUGUUUGUCAUCGAUAAGGCGUACUUCAAUAAGCUGGGCAAAUACGAUAUGAAGAUGGAUGUGUGGGGCGGUGAGAAUCUGGAAAUCUCGUUCAGGGUGUGGCAAUGCGGCGGCAGCCUGGAGAUAAUACCCUGCAGUCGUGUUGGCCAUGUGUUCCGCAAGCGUCAUCCCUACACCUUCCCCGGCGGCAGUGGCAACGUCUUUGCCAGAAAUACACGACGAGCCGCCGAGGUUUGGAUGGAUGACUACAAGCAGCACUAUUACAAUGCGGUGCCGCUGGCCAAGAAUAUUCCGUUUGGCAACAUUGAUGAUCGUUUGGCUUUGAAGGAGAAAUUGCAUUGCAAGCCGUUUAAAUGGUAUUUGGAGAACGUCUAUCCCGAUCUGCAGGCGCCUGAGCCACAGGAGGUGGGCCAAUUCAGACAGGAUACAACCGAAUGCUUGGAUACUAUGGGUCACGUAAUUGACGGCACUGUGGGUCUAUUCCCCUGCCACAAUACGGGCGGCAAUCAGGAAUGGGCGUACUCGAAACGUGGCGAAAUCAAGCACGAUGAUCUCUGCCUGACGCUCGUCCAGUUCGCCCGCGGCUCGCAGGUGGUGCUGAAGUCAUGCGACGAUACGGAAAACCAACGCUGGAUCAUGCGGGACGGCGGUCUUGUGAAGCACAACAAGAUCAAUGUGUGUCUGGAUAGUCGGGAUCACAAUGAGCAGGGCAUCAGUGCGCAGGGCUGCAAUUCGGCGCUGUCCACGCAACGUUGGGCCUUUACCAAAUAUGCGUGAGAAACUAAAGAACAAAUGCAGGAAUCGACCAACUAAACAGAGAAAAUUACGAUACGACGAGAAAUUGAGGCUCCCUGAAAAAAGACGUUCUGCUGGCAAGGAAAAAGUGGGAGUGUAGGUCGUGAUAUAUAAGUUACAACUGUUCGGAUUUGAUGACGUUGAUGAUAAUGAUGUUGUAUGUGGUUUCUAUGUUUGAAAUACGGUUAACCACACACACAUAUAUACUCAGUUACACAGACACACACACACACACAAACUUAAAUACGACAAGUACAAGAAUGGGUUUAUAUGUAAAAGAAAAACGACAAAAACAAAAGUUUCAACUAUACCAUAUUUAAGUUAAAGUUGAAUGUGUAUUAGUCUAGCCGUUGCGGCUAAAAAUUGUUAAAAUGCAUUGGUAUAUAUAUAUAUAUGUAUGUGUAUAUGAAUAUGUAUGUACUAUUUUCCAACACAAUGCAUACAAAAAAAAAUAAACACGUACUUAGACUGAUUAAUUUUUUGUAUAUGUAAAAAAAAAUAUUUAAAAAAUAUAUUAAAAAAUACAUAUAUGUAUUAUGCAUGUACUCGUACAAUACUUUUCGCAAACUGCUUAAGAACUCAACAUUAAUUUCCAUUAACCAACACUGAACUCAGCUCAACUCAACUCAACUUAACUCAACUCAACUCAACUCAAUUUUUAACACACAUUCCUCAAGUCAAUUAACCGUUGAAAGCAAACACUUUUCAUCUAGCUAGCAGCCGAACAAAGAGCAAAAAAACCAAUUCCAACUAUUCAGAGAAUAAAACUAACAAAAAAAAUAAAUAAGAAAACUGGAACAAAAGCAGAAGACGCAGCAGUGGGAGAGAGAGAGAGAGAAAUGUUAUCAUUAGUUUUAGUUAUAAAUUUAAGUAUAUAAAACCUUUAAAAAAAAAAAGAAGAGCAACAACAAGUUUAAGUGUAUAUAUUAUUAUUAUUUAAAGCAAGGCCAAACUGAAGAAAAUUUACAUAAAAUUAAUUUGUUCAAAUUUGUAUUAUUCAAUUGCUUGCAAAUAAUUUAUUGGAAAUAUUUUCAAUUUCACAAUAAAAGGAAACAUGUUUUUCUACUUAACAAAAACACACACGAACGAGCAUUUAAAUUGCGCAUAUUGUUGAGCCUUUUGUUUAUGUUCAAAUCAAUUUGACAUUCCAAUUACUUUAUUUUUUUUCUAUUUUAUAUAUAAAAUGAUUGUUAAUUUUGAUGAGUUUUCUCUUUUGUUGUUGUUGUGUGUAAAUUAAUAUUGCUAGUUUUUAUGAAAAGAAAUAUGGGGAAAAUUUGAAAAUCCAGAGAAGAAAAGAAAAACCAAAUACGAGUAUUGUAUGUUUAUUUGCCCGUAUACCGUGCGUAUGCGUAAUAAAUUGAAAUGCGUUUUUCAUUUACGUCAAAUAAAAAUUGCAAAAAGAAUUAUAAAACUAAA